AGCCGAUCACCAUGCACUGGAUCAUACCCGUGGUCAUCUUGGGCGUAUGGCUGCCAUUGGCCGCGACGGCGUCGCCGCCCGAGCUCUUUGCUCUCGAUGGCAAUGGAGACCCUGUCGCUUGGUGGGUCGUGCUCAAGCUUCCGUCCAUGGUCCGCGGUGCGUCCGGCGCGUACGUCGCCACGCCCUGCGACUGUGCGCCGCCCGUGUGCUCGCGCGAAGUCGAUCCGACGCGGCGGCAUGGUCUUUGCUACCUCUACGCUGACGCAAACCGACCGCAGCUGCAGCACUUUCGCGCGCUGGGCUACGACUGCCUGGGCCAAGGCGGCCGCGAUCCCGUGAGUCAAACACUGCGGCAGCGUGCGAACGCGACGCACUGGGCGUACUUUAACGACCAGCUCAAUGGUAUCGCGCUCAAGCAGGACAAGUCGCUCGUCUGCAGCGGACACGCCGCGUUUAACGCCCAUAGCAAAGGGCUCGUCGCGUUCGAGGCCACCAGCGGCGGCUUUGUGCUGCAAACAUCAACGCCCAACUUUCCAGAUCCGACGCCAUCGCUUGACUUUGAGCGUCUCGGCUGCCAGCACGACAACAAUGUCGAGUACGCGCAGCAUCUCUUCGCCUUCUCCGUCGGCGACGCAGCCCUCGCGACGAUCGCGUCUGGCUGGCGGGCGGCACGACUGUGCUCAGCAAACCAUUACCACGCCAUCGACAACCUCCUCGUGAGCCCGUCGCUUCGGAAUGCAUCGGCGCUCUCGGGCACGGCGCGCGUCGUUGCAUCCGUCAUGGUGGACCCGCAUCUCCCAGCGCAGCCGUUUGUGCAGGUGCAGGUGGCGACGAAAGGCAAGCAGAGCAUCAUCGUGCACGGGCUUUUCAAGAGCCGUUCCGCCGAGGUGCCACCAUGGGCUUUGGUUGCAACGGCCUUUGCCACGGACGUGAGCGUCGCGUCGUGGUGGGACGAAAACUACGGCACCCCGACGCUCUGCGACGGUGACAGCUACGGCGCUGCGGCCCACGCCUUCUGCUUGCGCCCAACAGAGUCACCAGUGGCGCUGCGACCUGACGGCACCUUCCAGUUCAACGUCGAGAACCUCAUGGACGCCAGCUGGACGCUGCCGACCGGUCGCGUGACGUGGUCUCUUCGGGGUGGGCGUGUCCGUGAUGGCAACCACGCCAAGUGGGGCAUUGCGACGCCGCGUCAUUCCAGUGACGCCAAUUUGUCCAUCUUUGGCGACCUCAACAUGGAAGGGUUUCCGUGCUCGUCGUCGUGCGCAGGGUCCCAAGGCGGCCGCGGUGGUACCUUCUUCGCACUCGCCAACCGGGAGCUCCACGACAGCCUCGCAGCGCUCGUGACCAACGUCUGUGGCUGUGGCGCAUCCCCUGCGAUGGCGACGUAUGUCGAUCGUCGGCUGUGCGGCCAUGGGUGUACCAAGAAGCUGCAUGCGGCUGAGAAUCUGCCCGGCGUCGGCAACUCGACCACGUCGUACUGGCCGCGCACAGAGUCGAACGCGGUCGCGUUGGCCUAA